AUGAGUGUGAUUCAGCAUUUUAGUUUAUUAUAGCCAUGUCCUUAAUGUAUUUCUAGCUAUUUCUUUUAGUCAACAUCAUUUAAAUCUUCAAAAAGUGGAGUAGCUAUGCUAACCUAACUAUUGGUUGUAUUUUACGUGCCUUCCUACUACCAUUAAGAAUUUAGCCUAAAAGCUCCUACUUGUACAUUAUACUCUAGAGGUUAAAUUCAGAGCAUAGCGUUCGUCAACAUUCAAUCAACACUUGAGCAAUUCUACAACCGCUACUAUUUAUUUUAAUUUCAAGGAUAAACAACAAAGUAUACCAAAAUAGAAUAUAGUAGCUUUGUCUUUGGUAUUGGUACUGUAAAUACUGAUGCUAUUGGUUCUUCUGAAGGGAAAAUUUUAUAGUUCUUAAGGUAAAAUUAAUUCCUUUAGCUGUGCUGGGUGCAUUCUACUAUUAACAUUAUGUUACUGGGUCUGAGUGAGUGGCAAUCUUCCUUCCACUUUGCUCGAUUAAGAUAUUAUCUUUUUUGCUUAAUUCGCUUUUCUAUUAAAUCUCACCCAUGUAAGUUGCUGGUUCUUAAAUUAUGUUAUGUAAUAAAUCAAUUCCUUUCUAUCCUUAAUUUAAAUACCAUCUAUUGUAGAGUUUGUGGACGUUUACUUUAUGCUAGCAUUUCUGACCUCAAGAAGUUUCCAAAAAAUAAGUAAACUUUGGCUUCUUAUUUAAACCUCUUUAUUCUACCUUUAAUCUUUCAAGUUUCAAAUGUUUUGAAAGUUAUGCACUCAACUUCUGCUGCUUUAGAAAACCUUGAACUAUUUUUCGUUUAUCUAAUAUUAGCACUACAUAUUUCUAUUGCGAAUCUCGAAGUUAUGAUCAACAGACAUGCUCCUAAACAUAAAUAUUAUUGA